AUGAGCGCUGAUAUUGCUAUGAAAAAGGUUGCUAAGGAUUUUAGGUCGGACACAAUCACUAUUCCUUUGCCCGAAAUGCUUGAUGCUGCUCGUGUCUGUGCGCUUGGUGAUUCGGUUUUCCACGAAGAUCCUACCACCGAAAAGUUCGAAAAAAAGAUUUGUGAGCUCACUGGCAAAUCCUCAGCGUUGUUUUGCACCUCUGGUACGCUCAGCAACCAAAUUGGUUUGCGCACGCACCUUCAUCAGCCUCCUCACUCCAUUCUCUGUGAUCACCGUGGGCAUGUGUACUCAGCGGAGGCCGGAGGACUAGCCACCCUGAGCCAGGCAAUGGUGACGCCCGUGGUACCUUCCAAUGAUCUUUACUUGACUCUAGAAGAUGUCAAGCGCUCUGUUAUCUUGGGAUCGGACAUUCACACUGCUCCAACUCGUGUCAUUUCGCUGGAAAAUUCCCUCUCCGGAGUGAUCUUCCCAAUUGAGGAGAUUAAGCGAAUUUCCGAAUGGGCGCGUGAGAAUGAUAUCAAAAUGCACUUGGACGGUGCAAGGUUGUGGAACGUGACCGCAGCGCUGGGCUGUUCACUAAAGGACGUCUGUCAAUAUUUCGACAGUGUGUCACUUUGUAUGUCUAAAGGUAUGUGCGCUUCAGUGGGAAGUGUUCUGGUGGGAGACGAAGAUUUCAUCACCAAGGCCGAAUGGUUCCGCAAACAGCAAGGCGGUGGUAUUCGUCAAUCUGGUGUCUUGACCUCGCAAUGCCUAGUCGCUAUUGACAAGGUGUGGCCUACCAUGCCCAAGACUCACCAGCAGGCCAAGCGGCUUGGCCUUGAGCUUUUGAAACUUGGAUAUGAGCUACUAGUUCCCGUUGAAACCAAUAUGGUUUGGAUCGAUGAACAGACUAUCAAUAUCGAGAAGUUCCGGGAGGAAUGCAUCAAACGCGGUCUGAAAAUCUUCCGUGGACGACUUGUGCUGCACUACUGGACUACAGAUGAAGCGGUUAAUGAGAUUAUUGAAGCAGCAAAGGCCUGCGUUGGCGAGUCACCUACAGGAUACAAUGAUAUUCGUCCACAGUACAUCCGCAAGUAG